CAUGGAUGGUAGUCUCAUUGCAUCCCGAACUCGGUCUAAGAUGCCCCUGAAAGCUGUUUCUCUACGGCGACUAGAAGCUGAGCUUCAGGCUCCAGAUAUCACCCCGGAUAUGUAUGACCCAAAUACAGCUGAUGAUGAGGACUGGAAGGUGUGGCUGGGGGGCCUCUUAAAUGAUGACGUGGAGAACGAGGAUUCAACAAUGAAUGUUGUUUGGAGGAGAGAAGGAGCCUGGCUCAGAGGAGAAAAUGAAGCAGAUGAUGAUGAUGAUCCAGAAUAUAACUUCCAGGAAGAUCUUGAUGAACCAGACACAGAGGAUUUCCGCACUGACCCAGCAGUGAGAAUCAGUAAAAAAGAAGUGAACGGGCUGAUGGAGGAGCUAUUUGAAACUUUCCAAGAUGAAAUGGGAUUCUCCAAUAUGGAAGAAGAUGGCCCAGAGGAAGAGGAGCGUGUAUCAGAGUCUCGACCUAACUUCAACACCCCUCAAACCCUGAGGUUUGAGGAACCAUUGGCCAACUUGCUGAAUGAACGACAUCGGACAGUAAAAGAGCUGCUUGAACAGCUGAAAAUGAAAAAAUCUUCAUGCAAGCCACAGCCUGAAGUGGAGAGGCUUAAACCUCAGAAGGAGAUAGUCCACCAGACUCUGAUUCUGGACCCAGCACAGAGGAGCAGGCUUCAGCAGCAGAUGCAGCAGCAUGUUCAGCUCUUGACACAAAUCUACCUUCUCACCACCUCCAACCCCAACCUCAGCUCCGAGGCCAGCACCACCAGAGUAUUUCUGAAAGAGCUGGGAACUUUUGCAGAGAACUCUGUCGCCCUGCACCAACAGUUCAACCCCAAGUUUCAGACCUUGUUCCAACCCUGUAACUGGAUGGGAGCUAUGCAGCUCAUUGAAGACUUCACACAAGUCAGUGUUGACUGCAGUCCUCAGAAAACCACCAAGAAGACUGCCAGUGAAUUUCCCUGUUUGCCAAAGCAAGUGGCUUGGAUCCUGGCCACAAACAAGGUCUUCAUGUAUCCAGAACUCCUUCCAGUAUGUUCACUGAAGGCAAAUAAUCCUCGGGAUAAGAUCGUCUUUACCAAGGCUGAGGACAAUCUGUUAGCUUUAGGACUGAAGCACUUCGAAGGCACUGAGUUUCCUAAACCUCUAAUCAGCAAGUACCUUGUAACUUGUAAGACCGCUCACCAGCUGACGGUGAGAAUCAAGAACCUCAACCAGAACAGAGCUCCUAACAACGUGAUUAAAUUUUAUAAGAAGACCAAACAGCUGCCAGUUCUGGUGAGGUGCUGUGAGGAGAUCCAGCCACAUCAGUGGAAGCCGCCCAUAGAGAAGGAGGAACACCGGCUCCCAUUCUGGUUGAAGGCCAGUCUGCAGUCCAUUCGGGAUGAACUUCGGAACCUAGCGGAAGGUACUGCGGAAGGAGAAAAUGUGACCCCAGCCUCAGAGACCAGUACAGAUCAGCAUUUGGAGAAAGCCAGCCCUGAGUUAGGGAGUGAGACUCAAUACCCACUGCUGAUGCCCAAUGGUGUAGUACUCAAAUUGAAGCCAGGUUAUAAGCCUUCCUCUAGAAGGGCUUGGCGACAGAAGCGGCUGUUGGUUCAGAAGCCCGUCCUUAUCCAACCUAGCCCCUGUGUUCAAGCUUCGUUCAACCCAGGGAAAAUAGCAACCUGGUCAACUCAGUCAGAAGUCCCUCCAGGCAACAGGGUAGUUCAGAUUCCUCAUCUGAUCCAGCCAGCCACUGUCUUACAGACACUUCCAGGGUUCCCUCCAGUGGGGGUCAGCCGAGAAGAUUGUAUUGAGUCUCCUGCAGCACUGCCAGCUAUGCCUUCUGGCCCUGAAGCCAGGGCCAGCCUCCCCCUCCCUCUGUCUGAGUCUCAGUCACUAUUGCCUUCUUCCUCUGCACUCAAGAUCAUGCUACCCUCGCUUGCUCCUUCAAAAUUUCGAAAGCCUUUCUCAAGGCGGAAGCCCACGAGAAGAGGAGGAACCAAGGUUUCUCCCUGUGUGAAACCUCCCCCCAUCAUCCACCCCACACCUGUCAUCUUCACUGUCCCUGCCACCACAGUGAAGGUUGUAAGCCUUGCCAGUGGGUGCAAUGUGAUCCAGCCUGUUAAUGCAGCCGUGGCCCCAAAUCCCCAGACCAUUCCUAUCACCACUCUCCUGGUUAAUCCUACACCGUUCCCCUGUCAGUUAAACCAACCCCUCGUGGCCUCCUCCAUUUCACCCUUAAUUGUUUCUGGCAAUCCUCUGACACUUCCUGUGCCCUCUGUUGCUGAGGAUAAGGCCCACAUGAACAUGGAUGUUACUGAAGAGAAAAAUGCUCCUCAAAACCCUGACUCCACAUUAAAACCCCUGGAACUGACUCCUUUCUGUGCUACUGUCUUCUCCAAGGAGGAGCCUAGGCCAUGGCACCCUUCCUCAGGUAUGGAAAGCCAAGAAAUGUCAGAAGCAAAUGCCUGUGGAUGGCCCAUUGUGAAAACAGAAAGCCAGGAGGGAUCUUCUAAAUCGAGCACCUGUGGCUGGACAGUUGUGAAAAUAGAAAGCCAGGAGGUAUCUUCAGAAUCUAGUACCUGUUGCUGGACAGUUGUGAAAACAGAAAGCCAGGAAGUGUCUUCAGAAUCGAGUACCUGUGGCUGGACUGUUCUGAAGACAGAAAGACAAGAGGCACCUUUGGAAUCUAGUGCUUGUGGCUGGACAGUUGUGAGAACAGAGAACCAGCAGGCAUCUUCAAAAUCAAGUGCCUGUAGCUGGACAGUUGUGAAAACAGAAAGCCAGGAGGGAUGUUCUGAAUCGACCACCUGUGGCUGGACAGGUGUGAAAACAGAAGAGGAUGGGCUUGCUUUUGUGCCAUUUCCUCAGCAUCUCCCGGAAUCUCUGAACUCCACAUCAAAAGAUUUAGAAGAAAUGGUCAAGAUGGAAGCUGAGGAUUGUGUGGGAGAAAUCCCCAGCAGAUUUCCUGAGCAGGGCUUUGCUAAGAAAGUGAAAGAAGAAUGCUCUAUGGAAUUGGACAGUGGCUCCCAUCAGGGGAAGCAGAGUAGUUCCAGAGAGAUGAGAAAACAAGCAGUCGUGCAGAGGGAGGAGCCUCAACCAGCUAAAUCCCUUUCUGUGUCUCAAGACUCUGCUGAUGAAGGGGCUUCAAGUGGAGAUGCCAGGAAAGGAUUGCCAAAAAGCACUCCAUCCUGCAUGGAGCAGGAGAGGGUACUUCGCAGUCCUCCAGGGAAGCCUGAGGACUCAGCCAAUGUUGACAGUCAGUCUGUGGGGACCCCAGCAGGACCAGACCCUGGAGGAGAGAGAGAAGGGCCUGAGGAUGAAGAGGAGGAAGAGUUUGAUGACUUCACCCAAGAUGAAGAAGAUGAACUGUCAUCAGCCUCUGAGGAGUCUGUGCUUUCUGUCCCAGAGCUCCAGAUAAGAAGCAAAGAACAAUGACAAUCAAAAAAAUAACAACAAAA